AUGCAAGAACAAACGUCCGUUUGGUUUCAUCAACAAAACUUCUAUGAAACUGUGAAGCAGACUUCGUUGAAAUUACUCUGUCGAUUCUCUCUCAUGACAAAAACCAUUGCUGCAAUGGCAAUAUGUGUGGAUAAAGCCAAGCAAUCAAGAUUAUUAAUUAAAUGCAAAAAUCAUUCUUGCCGUCCACUGUGGGUUGUUUUUACUCGAGAAUAA